AUGAGUGCUGCAGAAGGCGGUGCUAUUUUAUGGUAUUACACGUCCAAUACUAACACCUGCUCGCAGUCAGAAUCAGCUACCGCGCUGCCGUCCGAAUGGAUCUUAUAUCGAGAUAUAGAAAUAGACAUGAUCGAAGAAGCUUAUCAAAAGGGAAUGCCGCACUUAUUGUUAGAUCGAUACCGCAUCGACUUAGCAACUUAUACUCACGUCGUGCUCGAUACUAGCGAUGAACAUCGAGUUACAAAACGAGAAGUAGUUGCCAAUCGAAUAACUGGUCUUCGUUCGAACCGAUUUGGAUCAUUACCUGGCAUCACAUCCACAUCUAUACCCACACCUACGUACGGUGCAUAUAGCACUUGGUGUCCAUUUCUGACAGCAUGGCUCAAUACUUCCGCAGGAAAACGCAUCUUGUUUCAAUUUUCUUCAUGCAUUGAGAUAUGUGCAGAAGGUAUUAUCGAAGAAGCAAAAACUCACAGUAAUAAAGUCACUAUCGAAGCAGCGUAUAUGGCAAAGAAAAUACAGGAGUGUUUGAACAAACCACGAGUGGAGGUAUCGAAAACAGCCAUCGGUUUAUACACUAAAGACAGUUUUCUCUAUUUUGCUCUCAACAAAGCCGUACGUGAGUACGAUUUGUCAAAGCUGUUUACACUUGGCCCGCUAUGUUUCCUAAUCAACGAUUAUGCAUCUGUAGCCGAAGAGUUCGUUGGAAUUGUGUACAGAGGCGUCCAGUUGACGAAUGCUGAUAUACAAGAAUACAGACAAGCAAUCGGAACGUGGAAAACGUGGCCAGCGUAUACAUCGACCAGUAAGAAUCGCACCUUAGCGGAAGCGUAUGGAAAUACUCUUUUCGUAAUCGAAAUUAUUCACUGUCCAUUAUCUGCUCCACGCAAUUUUGAUAUCGCUGAGUUCUCUAGUUUCCCAGAGGAAGAAGAAGUUCUACUUCUCGCCGGUUGCAGCUUCCAAGUUGUCCAUGUUCACUAUGAUCUUCGGCAAAAGCUCAUAAUUGAUGCUAGGAUAUAA